AUGGCGAUCGGUGACGCGUUGAAGUCGGUUGAAGAACGUGCGGAGGCGUUGAAACAGGAGGUGAAGAAUUUGUCGCAGUCGAAGAGCGACUUGGAUGUGGAGUUAAAGCAGGCUGAACAAGCUUUGGCCCAUGUGCGUAGUGAGGAGGCCGGGUUGAGGACGCAGGCGGAGGAGUCGCGAGCAGACUUGGCUGAGAGUCAGACGGAACUGGCGAAGGUGACAGAGACGCUAGAUGAGAUGGCACAGAGAAGAGACAAGUUGAGUACGGCCAUUGGACAGCUGCAGCAGCAGCGUGAGAGUUUGGAGCGGGAAUGUACUGCAAAGGAGCAGACCUUGGGCGUUUUGAAGACACAAUGCAGUCAUAUGGAGCAGCAGAUAGAAGAGUUUGACCGGAAGUUACAGGAGUUCAACACGUCUGUAAACGAGUGUCCUGAAAUCAUCGCAAUGGAGAAGACGAUCGCAGAUAAACAGAAUCAACUCCAUUCCAUUAAGGAAGAAACAGCACGCCAGGUUGAUCGCUUCAGACGAGUCGAAGCUAAACUGGAACGAACACUCCAAUGGCUGAAGAACAAUGGCAUCGCUCUAGACGAUCAGUAUGUUCCGCACCGGUCAACACCCACUUACUAUCGCGCUGGUAGCGCUAGCACUCUCGAACAACCUUCCACCUCGACCACCGGGCCCCUAACCGGUCCGGACACUCGCGCUAAUCUGGACCCAUUUUCUGCCGAGCAAUUAAGAGUUCUCGAACGCACGGCAGACGACCUACUCCGGCCGGCGGAAGCUCUCAGGGCUGAUGCUCUCAGAUCUGAGGCUCUCAGGGCCGAUGCUCUCAGAUCUGAGGCUCUCAGAGCCGAUGCCCUUCGCUCCGAAGCCCUUCGCUCCGAAGCCCUUCGCUCUGAAGCACUUCGGUCCGAAGCGCUCCGGUCCGAAGCGCUCCGGUCCGCCGCCACUUUGCGCUCUGAGACACCCCACACACUCCUGCGACCCACCGAUCACGCGUUUGCUCACCAACACUCCUCUCUCCCAGAUAACCAAUUCGAAUUGCUCCAAGGCUUUCGGUCUGAUGGAACCGGCCGAAGACUGUUCCCUGUGCACGCGGAGUGGGCUACAAGUGACGACCAACGGAGAUACGGCUUCGCUGACACCGCCACCAAUUCAGUCGCCAAGGAAUCAUCCAUAGGCGAAUGGAAAUAG